AUGAGCAUGUACGAUGAUUGGGACGUGGAGCAGCAUAAAGUGGAAUACGAGUCUGACGAGCACUGGGAGUUACGGCGUAAAUUCCUGAUGACCCACAAACACAAAUUUCCCGAAGAUAUGCUCGUUUGUUUGGCCCAAGUGUUCGUCAAUGUCGAACUAUUAGGAUGCAGAUAUCCACAAGAAACGAUGAAUUUAGUUAAAGAAUUAUCGCAAGAUGUUGCAGCUGAAUAUAGAGAAAAGCAAAAGAAAAAGUUACAAAGAACAUUUGUGGAAGCAUCAGAGGCAGCUAGUUCUAAGGUGAAAGGAUGCGCUGUUAAAACAUCCACUGUCACAGAAGAAUCUAUACCAAAUACGCCUAUACCAAACACAGCUAAUCAUACUGACCAAUCUCGUAAAAAGCGUUCUAAAAAAAAUAAAAAGCUUGAUACUGAAAUGAAAUUGCUUUCUAAUGUAAAAAAAGAAUCUAUAUCCAGUAUAAUGAAUUACAAUUAUCAGUCUUGCGAAAAUCCUGAUAUCAAAGAAGGACCAUCUAAAAAAAUAAAAACAGAGGAAAAUGUCUCAUUUAAAGAUAAAAAUCAUCCAUAUGAAGACAUUGUUCUGUUGGAAAGACCAGGUACUAACGAUAAUGUACUAAAUAUAUUAGAAAUGUCAGCUGCAGUAUCUGGUAUCGCUAUGAAUUGGAAGUACUCUAAGACAGAAGAAGGCUGGGAAUGCUCUAUUAAUUUUGACUCACAGAAAUUGAGUUAUAGCACUGAUAUCAAUAAGAAAGUAGCCAGACAAAAAGCAGCCACUAUUGCAUUAGAAAAAUUACAGAAACACUGCUAUACAGUUAAGGUUAAAGGGGACAUAGGUACAAAAGUAACUGUAACGACAGAAGAACUAAAGUCUCAGGAAUCUCAAUCUGACGACGAUUGGAAAGUAUCUAAUUGCAUUGGGAAAAAUAUGAUGAAAAUGAUGGGUUGGACCGGCGGUGGUCUUGGAAAAUCCGAACAGGGUAUUGUGGAACCCAUGUCUGCCUUGGUUAAGACGCAAAUAAAUCGAGAAGGUCUUGGCCUAAAAAAAAAUUCUUAUACGGAGCAGGAAAUAAAAACCAAAUGUCGAAAAUUGUUUAAAGAUCUCUUACAAAUGGAUACUUACUCGCGAAAAGACAUUGUGUUUCUGGAUUUUCCUAAAGAAGACAGAAUUGUGAUUCAUCAAAUUGCGCGAACAAUGGGUCUUAAAUCACGUAGCCAUGGCAAGGAUCAACGAAAACUGACAGUCUCAAGUAAAGUCAAUAUAUGGAGUUUGGUCAAAGAAUUGAACAAUCUUGGUGGAGUUACCGAAAAAUACGAACUGGUGAAACCGACUGAUAAAAAAUUCAUUUCAUUAUCAACUUCUACUUGUACAUAAAAAAAGAGAUAUAUUUAAACGAUACCUUCUGUGACAUUGAUGUAGUAGCAUAAAUAUGGAUUAUAUGAAAAUAAAUAGAUAACUUUUUUCAGAAGUCUUUCCGUAAUAUUUUAUUGUUUAAACGAUCCAAAAAACAAGAUGUUUGAAGUAAUAUCACGACGUUCAAUAUUUUUUUAGCACGCAAUCCGAAGUAGCGAAAUUCGUUUAAUUCUUGUUCCUAGCGGACAUAGUAUUUCUGUCAAAUAAAAAGCCGUACGUUGUAGAUCAGAAUAUCGCAUCACGUCGCCAAUAAAAUAGUGUAAACAAAUGCAAAGGGUGAGACACAGUAAAAAGCAAUCUUCUGAAAUUAUGAUUAUGCAGGCAGGGCCUACAGAUUCGUAACUAAUCGUGUUCAUCGAGCAAUUGCAAUGUACGCUCACGCUCGCGUGCACGAUUAACGGGUGAAAUUGUUUCGCAUGAUGUAUAAUUGUAGGCAUUAGCAAUUAAAAGUAAAAAGAAGCGUUCUCAUUUUAUUUAACAAUUAUAAUUGUUGCGAUAAAAUCAUUCCCAAGAGCGCCUGGCAUUCAAUCGAAUAGAGAAGUACAAAAUCUUAAGAAGCAGAUGAUUACUUUACAGUAGAAUGUCGCAAGUUGCCGUGUAACUUGACGUAUAAUAAGAGACUUUGGCAGUAGAACAAUCAGAAAUCGAAAGGUAACAUAUACAGAUAAUACGACAGUGCGUGAUAUUUUAAUACAUUAUCACAUCGUUGAAAUCUCUGAUAAUUAAAAUGGUCAAUAUCUUCUUUUUUUUUCUUUUUCUACAUAUAGAUCGUGUAUAUGCAUACAUAUGCGUGCGUACCAUCAAUUUGAAAUGACAAGGUUGAAGAUUACAUGCGUCUCUCCUAUAUAAUCACUUCGAUUUAUUGAUUAACUUAACGUUUACUUAGCGAUGUAUACAUACGCAUAUUACAACACAAUAUAACGCAACAAUGUAAAUGGGCAACGAGAGCAACGAAACAACGCGUACACGUAAACGUAUUCAGAAAAAAAACAAAAAGCACCGCGUAUCUUCGUUAAUCAAUUAAUUGACCAUGCUAUCGCGCGCAUAAUAACCAGGUGAAAUAUUUUCAUAAGAGCUGUCAGAUUCACUUGCGUUCACUUGCGUAGAUUUAAAUUUACGCAAAAAAAGCGUCCCUAUACAUGCGUAAAACGAUGCUGUUAAUUCGAUUAUUGCAUAUUUUUCCUCUUUCGAUAAAUUUCGCGGGGUACAAAGGAGGAUUUGUUGAACUGGAAAUUGAACUUAAAUAUAACGCGAAAUAGAUUGCUAUUGAAUUUGGUGCAGUUAAAAGACGCGUGCGAAAACAUUACCAUUUCAUUAUUUAAUUAAGCUAUUGUUUAAUAUUAAAUUUAAUAUUAAAUUGUUAUUAUAAUUCUGUUUUGCCACGUUACGCAAUUUUAAAACCGAUUAAUUUCCAUCAUAUAUAAAAAUUACAACGUGAUGUAAUCUUCCUUUUGCGAUACGUCGCUUUCAGCCCGACCAUUUACAUUCAGCGUCAAGUCCCUCUGUUACCCUUUGUCAUAAUAAUAGGCCUGUUCUUUUUACCUGAACCUUUUUAGCUGAACUUUUGCACCAGUUCAUAUUUUUUCCUCUUCUUUCCUCUUGGAGAGAAAAGGAAAAAAGAUGAACUAGUGCAAAAGUUUAGUUAAAAAGACCAGGCCUCAUGUCAAAGGGUACUGAUAGGACACUGAGCUACCGUUCGUUACCGAAACUGUGGACGGAUCGACAAUUUUCUCGAAACCAGUUGCGUCGCUGUCUACAUUUUAAAUCAGGAUUAAUCAAGAUCGCAGAUUUAUAAAAGUCUAGUAUAGAAAUAAGAGUAAAUGCAUUUUUUAAAAUAGUUAUGAAA